GUCGACCAAUGAGAGCGCAGUAAACAAUCGGAAACUUCCGCCUCUCGUGCAUGACGUUCGUUGUAAAAAGAAUGUCAUAAGUAAACCUUGCUGUGAACUCGCAGUCCGGCACGCUCGUUUAGUGAAAGUCUCCGUCCGACCCGAUGCUCUCCUCGGGCAGGAUCGCGUCCUCUCGCCUCUGCUGGCCGCUUCCGAGGCUCUGUCCCCGGCUGAGCUGCGAGCAGAGAGCCGCCGCCAGCACUCAACAGAAAGAACUGAUCAAGAAACGAGACCUGGUCCAAGAUGAGCUGCGGCCUCUGUACAUGGACUUCCAGGCUACCACACCCAUGGAUCCUCGCGUUCUGGACGCCAUGUUACCCUACCAGGUGAAUUACUACGGCAACCCUCACUCCAGGACGCACGCCUACGGCUGGGAGAGCGAGACUGCCAUGGAGACGGCAAGGAAGCAGGUAGCUGAUCUGAUUGGUGCCGAUCCCCGAGAGAUCAUCUUCACUAGCGGAGCCACCGAGUCCAACAACAUUGCUGUCAAGGGCGUGGCCCGCUUCUACCAGGGCAAAAAGCGUCACGUGAUUACCACGCAGACGGAACACAAGUGCGUGUUGGACUCGUGUCGUGUUCUGGAGGCAGAGGGAUUCCGCGUCACCUACUUGCCCGUGCAAAACGACGGACUGGUCGACCUCGAGCUGCUGGAGGCGUCGAUGACUCCUGAUACGUCUCUGGUGUCCAUCAUGACAGUCAACAACGAGAUCGGAGUCUUACAGCCCGUUAAGGAGAUCGGGCGUCUUUGCCGCUCCAAGGGCGUGUUCUUCCACACGGACGCCGCGCAGGCUGCCGGCAAAGUUCCCCUCGACGUCUCGGACGACAACAUCAAUCUCAUGUCCAUCAGCGGCCACAAAAUCUACGGACCCAAGGGUGUGGGCGCGCUGUACGUGCAACGGCGGCCGCGGGUGCGCCUGGAGCCCCUGCAGAACGGCGGUGGCCAGGAGAGGGGUCUGCGCUCAGGAACUGUGCCCACCCCACUGACUGUCGGCUUGGGGGCCGCCUGCAGCAUCGCGCAGCAGGAGAUGGAGUAUGACCACCAAAGAGUGUCCGUGCUGGCAAAGCGUCUGAUCCAGACGGUCACAUCUCAGCUCCCUGACGUGAUUUUGAACGGACAUCCACAACAUCGCUACGCAGGGUGCGUCAACUUAUCGUUUGCCUACGUGGAGGGAGAAAGUCUACUGAUGGCUCUCAAGGACAUCGCACUGUCUUCUGGCAGCGCGUGUACGUCGGCCUCUCUGGAGCCGUCAUACGUCCUCCGGGCCAUCGGAGCCGAGGAAGAUCUCGCCCACUCCUCCAUCAGGUUUGGGAUCGGUCGCUUCACCACCGAGGAGGAGGUAGACUACACGGCCCGAAAAUGCAUCAAACACGUUCAAAGACUACGAGAGAUGAGUCCUCUGUGGGAGAUGGUGCAGGACGGCAUUGACCUGAAGAGCAUCAAGUGGACUCAGCACUAACCUGGAUGCCCCUCUUUGUUCACUUCCCGGUUGACAGCCAAUUCAGGGGGAUCCCUUGCAUCAGAUUUGAUUAUAUUGUUUUUCCUCUUUCCAUUGCCGCACUCAAAACACGCACAAAUGUCCUUUGGCGGCCCAAAGUGUCUUCUUUGCUGCUGCCCUCUGCAACAAAGUUGGAGUGAGUUAAAUUCUCUAUUAUGAAUACCAAAAUACAUUUUCAUUAUUGGCUUGAGGGAGCCACCAGUGUUAACAACAGCAAUAGUAAACGUGUAUGUUUUCGUAGAAAUGAACUUUUCGUUCAGUAGUGUCCAUGUCUUCUCGUCACUUAGCCUGGUACAGUAUUCACCAAGCAUCAUGUCACUUCAUCUGCGUCUUUGGUAGCACAGCUCACAGAUUAUACAAUCCGCUUCAAGAAAGAAAUAUGUUUCCUCGUUCAAAGCUAUACAAUACGAUUCAAUAAAGGAAACGUCUCAUCGUUCAAAA